ACCAUAAAACAAUGUGUAUCUUAACAAAUGUAUUUCAGUUGUAGCUUGAUACUCGCACAGGUACCUAUUGUUAUUAUACUCAUGUUGUUCGAUUUAAUUAACCUUUAUAUUAACUACACCACUUACCUAACUAUCAAACAUCCACAUCAAUACCAAGAUAUCUAUGAAAAAUAAGCAGUAAAAACCACACAAUCCAUAUUCAAGUAACAGUACAACAUUUACAAUGCAUGUAAUGGAUACCAUGUGUAGAUACCAAAAAAAUAAAAUCAGCAAUGUAUUGUGUAAAAUAUUCAGGCAAUCUAUAGAAAAAAACAAUCACAAAUCUAAUAGCGAGGAACUGUCCGAAGCAACCGAAGAAGAAAUAACAAAGCAACUUGGUACAGCAAUAUCCAAAUUAGCAUUACAACCAUGUCAGUUGAUCUACAGAGAAGUUGCAUACAGUCUCAAUAGUAAAGUCCCUCAGUGGUCUAUAGAGGACGUCCUUGAAUGGUUCAAACAAAUUGGGUUUAGCGAAUUUGACAACAAUUUAUUAGAAAAUCUGGUUGACGGUGAUUUAUUGUUGCGAUUAACUGAAGAUGAAUUAAGAGAUGAUAUUGGAAUAAACAACAGUAUAACUAAAAAAAGAAUUAUGAGGGAGCUAAACAAUUUAAAACAAUCAGCCGAUUACAGUUGUAUCGACUCAACAGGCUUGAAUUCGUUCUUAAAAUCAAUCAAUCCGGAAUUUUCUAUAUACACGUAUUCCAUGUUGAUAGCUGGAAUCAACACGGAUACAAUAAGGUUUAUAACUGAAGACCAACUUCAAAAUGUUUGCGGAAUUUCAAACGACACUCACAGACAUUGUAUAAUAAAUUCAAUCAAAAAAAUGCCAGCAUACGUAGAAAACAUGGAUAAACCUUACGAUGCUUUUAUCAGUUAUAAACGAUCUACUAGUUCUGUGCUGGCUAGUUUGCUUAAAGUAUACUUGGAAAUUCGAGGUUACAAAGUGUUCAUCGACGUGAAACGAUCAAAUGAUGCCAAGUAUCAGAAUAACGUAUUGCAGAUCGUUAAACAGUCAAAAAACUUUAUUACUGUGUUGACGCCAAAUUCGUUUGACACACAUUUGAUGGUUUCAUUAGACGAGGAUAUCGAGAUUUUAGAUAAUGAUAUGAUUAGAAAGGAGAUCACAAUCGCAGAACAAAGCCAAUGCAAUAUAAUACCAGUAUUGAACAAUUUCUCUUGGUCUUCGUUUGCACAGUUACCAGAUGACUUGAAAAACUUGAACGCGUACAACUCGAUAAGCUGGGUGCACGAAUAUCAGGAUGCGUGCGUGAACAAGUUGGUGAAGUUCAUGAUCAAAUGAUAGUUACACACACUCUUUACUUUCGAUAUUUAUAUCUAUGCUGUAUUAGAAACAAACUAAUAUUAAAAUUGUAUUAACACUUAUUUGCAAUUUAAUUUAUAUAAUAUUGUUAUCGUGGUUUAUGAGUAGUUUGCUUGUCAUUGUCAUUUAUUUUUUUAAUAAUCAAUUAUAUUUGUAAAUUAGCGAAUACUCACUCCAAAAUAUUAAUAUAAUUGAAAAUUUAUAUCAAUAACAUUAAUUCAACUGAAAUAUAUAUAUAUAUAUAUAUAUUAUAUGCAUAUACUAAUAUAUUUAACUUUAAUCAGUUAUA